UUGUAAUGCCUUCAGAUAACGAUUCAGACAUUGUACUGCGAAGAAGUUUAAGUAAUGCUCCCAAGAAAUGGAAACGAAUAAGAGCAAUAUCGUCUUCAGAUGAAUCAACUGAUACUGUGAAAGUGAAUUCGGAACCCCUACAAAUGGAAGAAAUCAACAUGAAAUCAAGAAAGAGGAGCCGAAAUCAACUUAAUUAUGCACAAAAUAUAAGAAAAAUGAAGAGAAAUAGUGGAGAGGAAUAUGAAACAAAAAAGUCUAAGCUUGUGAGUGGUAAACUUUUCGAACAUAAAGAUUGCCGUUGUUUCAAACAAUGUAUAAAUGCAAUUGGAUAUGAAGAUAGGAAAGCAAAUUUUGAUUUUUUUUUGGAAAUUAGCAAGUUUUGAAAAACAGAAUUUGUUUCUGCACGGUUUGGUUCGAAAACUAUCAAUAAAGCAAAGA